GGCAAAGCAUCCAAACUCCUUCAGUCCUUGGCGUGGGGAGCGGACCUCCAGAGCUCAAACACAAUACCCUAGCGUUAACUGACUGCGCUGGCGGAGGUAGCAGGCGUUGCCACACCGCUGUCAGACACAGCCAGAGGGAAGAAACCAGUACCACUUUAAGAGAGAUUUUAAG